GUUAAAUGUGCACAGUACUGGCCAACAGAUGACCGAGAGAUGGUGUUUAAGGAAACGGGAUUCAGUGUGAAACUCUUGUCUGAAGAUGUGAAAUCAUAUUACACAGUACAUCUACUACAGUUAGAACAUAUCAAUAGUGGUGAAACCAGAACAAUAUCUCACUUUCAUUAUACCACCUGGCCAGAUUUUGGAGUUCCUGAGUCACCAGCUUCAUUCCUAAAUUUUUUGUUUAAAGUUAGAGAAUCUGGCUCCUUGAGCCCUGACCACGGACCUGCAGUGAUCCACUGCAGUGCAGGCAUUGGGCGCUCUGGCACCUUCUCUCUUGUCGACACCUGCCUUAUUCUAAUGGAAAAAGGAGAUGAUGUUAAUGUGAAACAAGUAUUACUGAACAUGAGAAAGUAUCGAAUGGGACUUAUUCAGACCCCAGACCAGCUCAGAUUCUCCUACAUGGCCAUAAUAGAAGGAGCAAAGUACAUAAAAGGAGAUUCAAAUAUACAGAAACGGUGGAGAGAACUUUCUAAAGAAGAUUUAUCUCCUAUUUAUGAUCAUUCACACAAUAGAACAAUGAUUGAAAAGUACAAUGGGAAGAGAAGAGGUUCAGAAGAUGAGAAAUUAACAGGACUUCCUUCUAAGAUGCAAGACACUGUGGAAGAGAACAAUGAAAGUAUUCUGCGGAAACGCAUCCGAGAGGACAGAAAGGCUACUACAGCUCAGAAGGUGCAGCAGAUGAAACAGAGGCUAAAUGAAACUGAACGAAAAAGAAAAAGGCCAAGACUGACAGACACCUAAAUGUUCAUGACUUGAGACUAUUCUGCAGCUAUAAAUUUUGAACCUUUGAUGUGCAAAGCAAGAGCCGAAGCCCACUCCGGAAACUAAAGUGAGGCUUGCUAACCCUGUAGAUUGCCUCACAAGUUGUUUACAAAGUAAGCUUUACAUCCAGGGGAUGAAGAAAGCCACCAGCAGAAGACUUGCAAACCCUUUAAUUUGAUGUAUUGUUUUUUAACAUGUGUAUGAAAUGUAGAAAGAUGUAAAAGAAAUAAAUUAGGAGAGACUACUUUGUAUUGUACUGCCAUUCCUAAUGUAUUUUUAUACUUUUUGGCAGCAUUAAAUAUUUUUAUUAAAUAGA